AAUUUAUUUUCAAGAUGGCGGAAACCGAAGAAAGAAUCUACAGAAGAAAUCUUCCUGGCACUAAAUUUAAAGACUGGUGUCAAUGGCCGGAGCAAUCGUUUCAAGACAUGGACAGCACUUUGGCAGUCCAACAAUAUAUUCAACAAAUGAUUCGGCGGGAUUAUUCCGAUUGUGAGGCAAUUUUAGCUCAACCUGAAAAUCAAGAUGAAGGAGUUUGGAAAUACGAACAUCUUAGACAAUUUUGCAUGGAGCUAAAUGGUUUAGCCGUCUACUUACAAGAAGAAUGUCAUCCGGAAAAGUGCAGUCAAAUGACAGCAACAGAACAAUGGAUUUUUCUAUGUGCAGCUCAUAAAACGCCAAAAGAAUGUCCAGCUAUUGAUUAUACAAGACACACAUUAGAUGGUGCAGCUUGUCUGUUAAACAGUAAUAAAUACUUUCCUAGCAGAGUAACCAUAUCAGAUACCUCUGUCGGAAAACUUGGUUCGGUUUGUAGAAGAGUUUACAGAAUUUUUUCUCAUGCAUACUUUCAUCAUAGGGCCAUUUUUGAUGACUAUGAGGAAAAGACGGCGUUAUGCAAGAGAUUCACAAUGUUUGUCACUAAGUACCAGCUAUUAUCAAAGGAUAUUCUUAUUGUACCAAUUAUGGACUUAAAUGAUGAAAAAAUACCAGAAGAAGAAAGCGAAGCCUAA